AUGGUAAAAUAUCUCGAACCAAUAAGUGCUCGUGAUGGAGGAGUGAGUGAAGAAUUAAGGUCAUUACUUGCUUGUUUGGUGCCAUCUACUAGUCCAUUGAAAACCGUACCUCGUGUGCUCAAUGAUUACUCUAUUUACGAGGGAUAUCAGGACUACAUAAAAGAUGAAGCACUGAAACGAGCUACACGAUUUUAUCCUCCGGAGCUGGCAGUUAGACGUGCCCACGCCAAGUGGUCACGUUUAAGGAAGGAGGUUUUAAUUUGGCGGACAGAAGACUACUUAGUAGUUAGAUGUGCCCACGAUCCUCUCACAGCUACAUUUUUAUCCAAGUUCUUAAGUGGUGAUCCCAAGUUGCUAAAGGUGUUGAAAUUGGAUGGAGCUGAAUUGGACAACAUCCCAAAGCAUGUCUUCAAACUAUUUCAUCUCAAGUAUCUUAAUCUCAAGGGAACUAGAGUUAAAAUUAUUCCAAAAUCUAUUGGGAAGCUUCAAAACCUUGAACUUAUAAAUCUGACAAGAACCAAUGUAACAGAGUUGCCUGUGGAAAUUCUAAAGCUAAGAAAACUCCGUUCUCUUUUGAUAGGCGGAUUGGGAGAUUAUUCAAAUGAGUAUGCAAUUUGGGGCUGUAAAUGUCCACUUGGAAUUGGAAAGCUUAUUUGCUUGGAAAAUCUGACUAAUAUAGAAGCAGAUAGUGAUAAAAUAGUAAGGGAGAUUGGAAACCUCAUGCAGCUGCAGCGAUUAUGGAUCACAAAGCUGAGAAGAGAAAAUGGAAAAGAGUUGCUCUCGUCCCUCUUGAGGCUGACCAACCUUCAAGAAUUGGUCAUCUCCUGUAUUGAAGAAGAUGAGACCCUUGAUCUCCAACAUUCCAUCUCUCCAAAGCUUGAAUUCCUCACAUCUCUGAGAUUGAAGGGGCGUUUAGAGAGAGUACCGCAAUGGGUGACAUCACUUCAAUCCUUGAGAACCUUACGGUUGGACAAUAGUAGGUUGAGAGAAGAUGAGAAUGUAAUAGGCUCCCUCGGACAUUUGUCCAAUCUGAUAACACUUACUCUCCGUUGUGCUUAUGAAGGGGAGACAAUAUGUUUCAAGGUUGGAGGAUUUCAAAAACUCCAGCGCUUAGAGUUUGUGCAAUUAACAAGACUGAAAUGGGUGAGAGUGGAAGAGGAAUCAAUGCCUAGUCUGAGAAAUCUGCAAUUAAUUGGUUGUAAACUGAUGCAGGAGUUGCCUACGGGCAUCCAAAACUUGACCGGACUUCAAUUUCUUGGGUUCUUUGAUAUGUCUGAUGAGCUAAUGCACAAAGUACAGAUUUGGAUAAACAAAGUGCAGAUUAUCAGAUAA